AUGUCGAAGCAAACGUACAAAGUGUGUUUCUGCUUCCGCCGGAGGUUUCGGUACACUGCAUCUGAGGCACCGCGUGAGAUCAAGACCAUUUUCGACAAGUACUCGGAGAAUGGGGUUAUGACCGUAGAUCACCUCCACAGGUUUCUGAUUGAUGUUCAGAAGCAGGAUAAAGCCACCAGAGAGGACGCACAGUCGAUUAUCAAUUCUGCAUCUUCUCUUCUUCAUCGAAAUGGUCUCCAUGUUGAUGCUUUUUUCAAGUACCUUUUUGGUGAAAACAACCCUCCUCUUGCUCUUCGUGAGGUGCAUCAAGACAUGGAUGCUCCUAUAUCGCAUUACUUCAUUUUCACCGGUCAUAAUUCAUAUUUGACCGGUAAUCAGCUGAGCAGUGACUGCAGUGAGGUGCCUAUCAUAGAUGCAUUGAAGAAAGGUGUUAGAGUGAUUGAACUGGAUAUAUGGCCAAACUCCAACAAAAAUGAUAUUGAUGUUCUUCACGGAAGGACUCUCACUGCACCUGUGGAGUUGAUCAAAUGCCUAAGAGCUAUCAAAGCACAUGCCUUUGAUGUGUCCGAUUAUCCUGUUGUUGUAACUCUUGAAGAUCAUCUUACUCCAGAACUUCAGUCCAAAGUUGCUGAGAUGGUUACCCAAAUAUUUGGGGAAAUCCUGUUUACUCCUCCUGUUGGAGAAUCUUUGAAGGAGUUCCCAUCGCCAAACUCUUUAAAAAGACGGAUCAUCAUCUCAACCAAACCCCCGAAAGAGUACAAGGAAGGCAAAGAUGAGGAAGUGGUGCCGAAAGGUAAAUCCUUGGGUGAUGAAGAAGUUUGGGGUAGAGAAGUUCCAAGCUUUAUUCAGAGAAACAAAAGCGGUGGCGGCAAGGAUGAGUUUGAUGAUGACGACGACGAUGAUGAUGAUGAUGGAGACAAGUCUAAGAAGAAUGCACCACCUCAAUAUAAACAUUUGAUUGCAAUCCAUGCUGGGAAACCAAAAGGUGGAAUCACCGAGUGUUUAAAGGUUGAUCCUGACAAGGUCAGACGCCUUAGCUUGAGCGAAGAACAGCUUGAAAAGGCCGCAGAAAAAUAUGCGAAGCAGAUUGUGAGGUUUACUCAGAGAAAUUUGCUGAGGAUUUACCCAAAAGGAACUAGAGUUACUUCGUCUAAUUACAACCCCUUGGUUGGCUGGAGCCACGGUGCUCAAAUGGUGGCCUUCAAUAUGCAGGGAUAUGGAAGAUCAUUGUGGCUCAUGCAAGGAAUGUUUAGAGCCAAUGGCGGAUGUGGAUACAUCAAGAAACCCGAUCUUCUGCUGAAAGGUGGCUCAGAUUCUGAUAUCUUUGACCCAAAAGCUUCUCUACCUGUGAAAACAACACUGAGGGUAACUAUAUACAUGGGAGAAGGAUGGUACUUUGAUUUCCGCCACACCCACUUCGAUCAAUAUUCACCACCUGACUUCUAUACAAGGGUUGGGAUAGCUGGAGUUCCGGUGGAUACGGUUAUGAAGAAGACGAAGACGUUGGAGGAUAAUUGGAUACCAGCUUGGGAUGAGGUUUUUGAGUUCCCAUUAACCGUGCCAGAGCUGGCUUUGCUGCGAUUAGAAGUGCAUGAGUAUGACAUGUCAGAGAAAGAUGAUUUCGGUGGGCAGACAUGCUUGCCUGUUUGGGAGCUGCAGGAAGGAAUAAGAGCAUUUCCUUUACACAGCCGCAAAGGAGAGAAGUACAAAUCCGUGAAGCUUCUCGUAAGGUGUGAGUUUGUGUGA